GUUGAUGGAAAGGUCCUGAAGUACAGCCCACUGGAUCCCAUUGAGAUCCCUAUCUUCGUGAACGACACGAUUGCAGCCUUGGAUCGAACAGUGUCAAUCACCCUGGAGGAUCCAUCAGGCAAAAAGUUUGGUGGUUUCCUUGGCGUUGGUGGCAAGACCAGGUCACGGGACUAUCACAUCCGAUGCUUGCAACCGCCCGAAUUUCAAAAAGUUGUGACGAUUAACAAAAUCAAGGUGAAGAAUGACAAGAACGAGUACUUGAAACCAGACAAGGAUCCAGAUUUGGAGACCGGGCAAUAUUGGUACACCAUUCCUUCAACAUCCAAAGGAGCCUACUUGCAGGCCACUUGUGGGAAGUACGCCAGCUCGAUGACGGUGAACGGCAAACCCGUGAACUCAGGUUCAGACUAUUGGAUCGAUAUGCGGGAACCCCAUGUCACAUGGCUGGUGGAGUGUCGCUAUGAAGACAGCAUGUGGACCCAAAGUGCCGUGGCCCGAUCAUAUCAGGUUCACGUCUCCCACCUGAUGGACAAGUUCAGUCGGCCACAUGUCCGUUUGAUGCCACAAGAUGGGCAGUGUGGUGAGGAUGAAGACGUGGAUGGCAUUCAUUGCCGAGCUGCCAAAAAGAAGAACGUCCGCCUCAUUGCAACGUCUGCGGCUACUGAGGUGGUUGUGUUCUUGGAAACCGGCACGAAAUCCAUCCAUCUCAUGAGCGGCAUUCCCACAACGGUGUCUUUGCCACAUUUCGUCAACCAUUGGCACUUGUCAGUCAAGGGCCUCAAGGAAGUCAAGGUGCCAUUGAAGAUGGUCGUGUCUCAAGAAUGCCACUAUCUUCAGUGUCCAGGGGGGUGGGUCCCGAAGCCACCGUUGGAUGCAGGUGAAAACGCGCAGCUGCAUCUCUGCUACUCAGAUUCCUGUAAUUUGGAGGAUGAUGGGACCACCUGCUGUCGAGAAGGAGGAACUCCUUGCAAGGAGUAUGGAUUCCACUUCAAGUGCCAAGCAGGGUACACGUUCUACGAGAAGGGCGCUUGCCUAGGUUCACCAUGCACUGAAGCGGCCGAUCACAGAUACUGCUGCCUCGAAAGCGACGAAGGUGACGUCAAGAGCCAAUUCAACAUGGUCCGCAAAAGAGAGUGGCACAAGUGGUUUGUGGAUAACAACGACCAGGCCGAACAGGUGAUCAACGUACUUGGUGACCGCUUGGAAUUCUACAUCUCCUUGAAGAUGCAAGACAAAUCUCAAGUGGAUCCCACCGCAAAGGCUCUCAAGAAACUGGUCGCUGAGAAGAUGGGUUGCCUGGAGCAAGAUGUGACGGUCAAGACCAAGUCUGAAGGGAACAACCUGGAGGGCUUCAGUGUAGCUGUCAAGAGCUUGGAAGGAAAAGGCAUCGAAGAUGCCGAAGAUCAAAAGUGCAAAGAUCUUGUGCAGCCGAAGGAGGGCGGCAAAGGAGAAUCUGCAGUCACCGAAAUGCUUAUACAGAAGCAUAAGGAGGAAGGUGCACACGAUAAGUUGGAAGCCAACUUCACCUCAGAAUGCAAGAGGAUUUUAGCACCGAUCCCGGAGAUCAAAUUCAAGAUGUUGGUGGAGAUCUCCAAGUCCGCUGACCUGGGUAAAGAUGGUGAAGAUGAAGAACUGGAUCCAGAGGUGGCUCUGGCACUCAGGGACUGUGUCUUAGCCAUCGCAGAAGUCCCAGACAAGGAGAAAAUCAAGAUGGAGUUCAAGAAGCUGAAAUCGGGAAAGAAGAUCCCAAAAGAUGACGAGAUGAUUUCGAUAGAAGGACACCUCAAAUUGCCACGUGGCAAAGAAGGCUCCAAGGAGAUUUUGGCUGCAAAGCUAAGGAAUCCGAAGCGAAUUUCAAGGAAGAUGAACCAGAUCUUGCACAAAGACAUCAAAACGGCCGAGGAAGACCCACAGAGUCGCAUUGUUGGUGGGAAGAAGGACUACGAGGUCAAAUCUGUGGAGCUGACAGAAGUUUCCGCUACUCCUGUAGGUGUUACAGGCCGCUUUCCCAGAGAAUUCCGCGACGUAGAGAUGAAGAGAUGUGUGGAGGCUCCUGCAGGCCGAGAACUGGGAGGCUCAGCCACAGUGCAGACCUGCGAUCACAACAAUGGACACCAGGCCUGGUUCUACACCAGGGACACCCACCAGCUCCAGAGUUUUCUCAGCCUUUGCUUGGCGGUGGAUUUGAAUGGACCAGCGCCACAACCUGGAUAUCAAGAUUAUCGCACUGACACUGGACCCCAGGUCCUCCAGAGCUGGGUGGCAGGCGGCGGUCCAGGGCCGGUGCAUUUGUGGACAUGCAACGGGCACUGGCAGCAGCAAUUCCUGUACGACCACAGCUCAGGUCAACUCCAAGUCCCUGGAUCUUCCAACCCAGGUCUGUGCCUUCAGACGCAGGAGACUGCUUUGGUGAUCGCACUGUGCAACAAGAAAACCUUUGCGCAGCAGUUUUGGCUGGAGAAGUCACCAGCUGAACCUUUUCUGCCUGCGCAAGUCAACUCUGCAAUGGAUGUGCCAAUCGUGAUGAAACCAUACUUCGAUGGCAAGGUCGCCUUGAAGUCCUCUGACCAAACCUACGAUUACUUCAAGAUCGCACCAUUUUCAAAGAAGCGAGCUGCGUUCUACUUGACACAGGGCUGCAGCCCUGUUCCUACUGCUUCUUGUGGUACGCCGAUGCCUGACAUGCCGAAUGUCUUCGUGGGUGAGUCUCUAGUGAAAGUCAGCAAGAAGGUCGACAAUCUGCCUUGGAUGAACGCCAUGAAAGGGCCUCCAAAAACCCCUGGCAAGGCCCUUUGCUUUUAUGACACCAGUUGCAAAACGUCUGACGACGACCGAGAGAGUCGACUCAAGCAGUUCUUGAAUGGAUGCAAUGCUGGAGGAAAACCGAUGUGCCGCUACUGCGGUGCUAGCAACUUUGCAGCCUGCCCAAAAUCCUUUGAAUGUGCCAACGGUGGUCUGGAAUCUGGCACAUGGACACAGGAGCAUAAAGAAUGGUGUUGCGACAAGUUCUCCAUCGGUUGUGAUCCACCCUAUAAGUGCAUGGAAGACCUUGACAAUUGGAGAAAAUGGAAGACUCACAAGAAGAUGUGGUGUUGCUCCUAUCAGAUGGUUGGUUGCGAGGAUGAGUGUUCAAAGACAGAUCCGGCUACGUUCCGGGAGAACCAUCAUUAUUGGUGCUCAACUUUUGGAAGCGAUCAGGAGAUGUCGCAACAACCUGCUGGCAAGCCUGAGCCUUCAAAGUUCGAGCUCAUGGUGAUGCAAAUGUUUGACCAGGCAAAACCAUCUGCGACCAGUUCCUCAGGGCGCAGUGCUCUUGUCGUGGGCAUCUCAGUCCUUGCAAUCAGCACGGGUUUGGCAACAAUGGUUUGUCGUCGCCAAUAUUCUGGGCAGCUUUCAAGGUCGAUGCAGGUAGCAGAGGCCACAAACCGGAUCGGUGAGAUCGUCUUCACUGUUCAGAGAGCCAUGUCCAUGAAAGUUCCAAGGUGA